AUGAAUAUAUUCCGCUUCGCCGGAGAUAUGACUCACUUGCUCAGCAUCAUAGUUUUGUUACUGAAGAUAAAUGCUACCAAAUCUUGCGCCGGUGUAUCCUUGAAAACUCAAGAGCUAUACUUGCUUGUUUUUGUUACACGAUAUUUAGAUUUGCUCUACAGUUAUAUUUCUCUAUACAAUACGUUCAUGAAACUUUUUUUCAUCUGUUCUUCCGGUUGUGUCAUAUGGUACAUCCGGGAGCACAAGACUGUCAGCCAAACUUAUGACUCUGCUCAGGACACUUUUCGUGUGCUGUUUCUGGCUUGUCCAUGUAUGAUCUUAGCGCUCACCGUCAACCACGACUUUACAGUCACCGAAGUGCUUUGGACUUUCUCGAUUUACCUAGAAGCAGUGGCUAUUCUCCCGCAGUUGGUUUUGCUCCAACGUACUAAAAAUGUCGAUACCUUAACGGGCAAUUACGUAUUUCUUUUGGGUGGAUAUCGGGCGCUUUACUUACUCAACUGGAUAUACAGAAUACUGACUGAGCCUGGCUACCGGCAAUGGAUCGUCUGGAUAUCGGGGACAAUUCAAACCGCAAUUUAUUGCGACUUUUUUUACUAUUAUAUUAAGUCGUGGCGUAACAAUGAACGCCUUUCCUUACCUUCUUAA